GAGGCAGCACGAGCGCGUCUUAAAGGAUCACGUGAUCAACCGGAGGGGACUGAAGGGAAGGAGCCGUUGUUACCGGUUAUCAGCUGUCUCUCUUGCCCUGACGAUCCCGGAGAAGCAGGACAAAUGUGCACCAGCGUCCAGCCUGUUGAAUGGACCGCCGACCUCAAGAACCAGAACUUUGAUGGCAUCGUGUUGGUGACCAGGAGCCAUGACACGCUGUCCUCCGAGCUGGCGUGUCUGAAGGCACCGCUGCAGGACUACAGCUCUGUGGACAGCGGCCUCGGGGAGGAGGUGGUGGUCCUGAAGGUCCCCGGUCUCCCUGGUAACCGCCUGGUGUUUGCCUCCACCGGCCCGCUGAACCGCGACUACGACGACGUCAGGCGCUUCAACGAUGCGGCGGUCAACGGUAUCAAACGGGCCUUGAAGGCAGGAAUGCAGCGCCCCCUGCUGGUCUGCCCUCCACACAAGGACUACAAGAACAGCACCGUGGUGGCUGCACUCGGGGCCCUCCAUGCUCUCUACAUGCCCCUGGAAGUGAGGGAGGGGAACGUGAAACUCACCCACUACAAGGUGUGCGUUCUGGGUCUGUGGGCGGCGCAGGAGGCUCAGGGACGGAGGCUGGUGGAGCUCGCCGAGGCCCUGGAGAGUGGGAGACUGGCAUGCAGAGACAUCGGCGGCUCUGACCCCGAACGCAUGGCUGCUCCUCGUGUGGCCGACUACGUCCAGGAGCUCUUCAAGAACAGCCCCGUGAAGGUGGAAGUGGUGAGCGACGUGAAGGUUCUGGAGAAGGCGUAUCCCUGUCUGGCUGCCGUCAACCGCUGUGCCGACUGCGUUCCCCGUCACCAGGCCCGAGUUAUCAAGCUGCAGUACUGUGGAGAGGGACCGGUCCAAAAGACGCUCAUGUUGGUGGGAAAGGGAAUCACCUACGACACUGGCGGAGCCGACAUCAAGGCUGGAGGUUUCAUGGCUGGGAUGCACAGGGACAAGUGUGGAGCUGCUGCUGUGGCCGGCUUCUUCCAGAUUUUAGCCAAACUGAAGCCAAAACAUCUGAAGGUUGUCGGCUCCAUGGCCAUGGUGAGGAACAGCGUUGGUGCAGACUGCUACGUGGCCGAUGAACUGGUGGUUUCCCGUGCGGGCCGUAGAGUGAGAGUGGGAAACACCGAUGCCGAGGGACGCAUGGUGAUGGUCGACCUGCUUUGCGAGAUGAAGGAGAAGGCGGUACGCGAGACGUCUCCUGAGCUGUUUACUAUUGCUACUCUGACCGGUCACGCCAUCAGAGCCAUGGGACCCAACUACUCUAUCAUCAUGGACAACGGACCGGCCCAUCGCAACGGGAACGCUGCUCAGUGGCAGAAAGCUGGAGAGAAGUUGGGUGACGUGUUCGAGGUGUCCAGUAUCAGACGAGAGGACUACGACUUCCACAAAGGACAGUCUGAGUACGAGGACAUUCUGCAGAGCAACAACCUGCCGUCCUCCGCGACACCUCGAGGACAUCAGGCCCCUGCAGCUUUCCUCAUUAUGGCCGCGGGGCUCGACAAGCAUGGUGUGGAUUCUAACGCACCUCUGCCGUACUCCCACAUUGACAUCGCUGGGUCCAGUGGGCCUUUCCCUGGUGUCCCAACAGGAGCCCCCAUCCUCGCCAUGGCAACCAACUACAUCCUGUCCGAUAGUCUCUAAACGGAUACCCCCGUAUAUUAAAAAAAACGAAGCCUCUGCAAUCAAUGCCAAUUAAAAUUUGGAACUGUCUAAAUACCAAUGAAAUCCCUGCCACAACACAUAAUGGAACAAUGUGUACGUCUGACAUUCCUUAAUAUCUCAGAUUGCUUUUCUGCAACGAUGUCCUCUGCGCUCUUUUCUAAGAUCUUGUGACACUCGUCCUGCCUGC